CGCGCAAAGGCUGCCGGGAGCCGUGGUUCCUGUCUGUGCUGGAGAGAGGAGGGAGCGGGAAGCGUGUGUUUCCCAUGGUCCUCCGCGGAGCGCUGGCUCGCUCGCGCGCGGCCUCCCGGGAAGCGUAGUCCGCCUCCCUUCGGCCGGCCGUUCUGCUGAGUCUUGGCGGCGGUGGGGAAGGACUACCAAGAUGGCCACCGGCGACGGCGCCUGCGGGGAAAGCCGCGUACGGCAGCUCGGGGAGGCCACACUGCGCACGGGCGUCGGGCGUCGGGGCACACGCGGAGCGAGCGGCUGAGUCGGUGCCGCCGGCGCGGCUCCCCACCCCCUCCACCCGCAGGACGCCGGGAGAGGCUUCGGGCAGCGGCGCAGAGGAGGCUCGCGCAGGGGCGCGGCGCAAGAUGGAGGCGAACGGCGGCAGUAGCAGCAGCGGCAGCAGCAGCAGCGACUCGGCGCCGGACUGCUGGGACCAGGCGGACCUCGAGCCCGGCAGCGGCGGAGGAGGAGGAGGAGGAGGCCCGGCUGGCUCAGCCCCGGACGCCGACGAGGCGCCCAGCCCGGCCCUGCUCGACGCCGCCGCCGCUGCGGACGAGGAGCAGCAGCAGGAAGAGCAGCAGCAGCUGGGCGCGGCCUUCAGCCGGCACCUCAACGUCAACGCCAAGCCCUUCGUGCCCAAUGUCCACGCGGCCGUCUUCGUGCCGGCCUUCCAGAGGAGCGGGCCGGGCCCGGCCUCCGCGCCCGCCCCGGGCCUGCCGACGCCGCCUUCGCCCCCGCCGCCGGGCCUGCCGACGCCGGCCACGACGCCCCACGGGGCAUCUGUAGAAUCUCCACAAGAAGAACAGCGGCUGUCUUGUGAAGGGUCAAAUGCUGCCGUCAGUAUGGAUAUCUCAGAACCCGUUGUAGAAAACGGAGAAACGGAAAUGUCCCCCGAAGAAUCGUGGGACCACAAAGAAGAAGCCAUUGAACCUGAAUUAGCCAGUGGACCUUCUGGAGACGCCGGGCCUACUGAGGAGGGUGCCCAGGAAAUGAUGGAGGAGGAGGAGGAGAUACCAAAACCUAAAUCCAUGGUUGCACCGCCAGGUGCUCCCAAAAAAGAACAUGUAAAUGUAGUAUUCAUCGGGCAUGUAGAUGCCGGCAAAUCAACAAUUGGAGGACAAAUAAUGUACUUGACAGGCAUGGUUGAUAAAAGAACGCUUGAGAAAUACGAAAGAGAAGCUAAAGAAAAAAACAGAGAAACUUGGUACCUCUCCUGGGCCUUGGACACAAACCAGGAAGAACGGGACAAAGGCAAAACGGUGGAAGUGGGCCGUGCCUAUUUCGAAACGGAGAAGAAACACUUCACCAUCCUAGACGCUCCAGGACACAAGAGCUUUGUCCCCAAUAUGAUCGGGGGUGCUUCUCAAGCUGACCUGGCUGUGUUGGUUAUUUCUGCCAGAAAAGGAGAAUUUGAAACUGGUUUUGAGAAAGGGGGACAAACAAGAGAGCAUGCCAUGUUAGCAAAAACGGCCGGUGUGAAACACUUAAUAGUUCUUAUUAAUAAAAUGGACGAUCCAACCGUAAACUGGAGCAAUGAAAGGUAUGAAGAAUGUAAAGAGAAGCUGGUGCCAUUCUUGAAGAAAGUGGGCUUCAACCCCAAAAAGGAUAUUCACUUCAUGCCCUGUUCAGGACUGACCGGAGCAAAUCUCAAGGAGCCAUCGGACUUUUGUCCUUGGUAUACUGGACUACCAUUUAUUCCAUAUCUGGACAACUUGCCAAAUUUCAACAGAUCAGUGGAUGGACCAAUCAGGCUGCCAAUUGUUGAUAAAUAUAAGGAUAUGGGCACGGUGGUUCUGGGAAAGCUGGAAUCGGGCUCUAUUUGCAAAGGACAGCAGCUUGUGAUGAUGCCAAACAAGCACAACGUGGAAGUUCUCGGAAUCCUUUCUGAUGACGUAGAAACCGAAGCUGUAGCUCCAGGUGAAAAUCUGAAAAUCCGCCUGAAAGGAAUUGAAGAGGAGGAAAUCCUCCCAGGAUUUAUCCUCUGCGAUCUUAAUAACCUGUGUCAUUCAGGACGCACUUUUGAUGCUCAGAUAGUGAUAAUUGAGCACAAAUCCAUCAUCUGCCCAGGUUACAACGCAGUGCUGCACAUUCACACUUGUAUUGAAGAAGUUGAGAUCACAGCCUUAAUCUGUCUGGUAGACAAAAAGUCAGGAGAGAAGAGCAAGACACGGCCCCGUUUUGUGAAACAAGAUCAAGUCUGCAUUGCCCGUUUGCGGACGGCAGGAACCAUCUGCCUUGAGACGUUCAAAGACUUCCCUCAGAUGGGCCGCUUCACCUUGAGAGAUGAGGGUAAGACCAUUGCAAUUGGCAAAGUUCUGAAACUGGUUCCGGAGAAGGACUAAGCAUUGUUUUUGACAAGCCUGCACAAAUACUGUGAGGGGGAAACAAAAUUGACUCUGCAAAAGCCUACUUCACUUCGCCGCCUUCUUUUCUUCCCAUUGAUAAUCUCCUCCCUCUAUUUUGCAAAGACAAAUUCCACAGCAAAGGUCCACAUUAUGUCAGCUUUCUCAUAUUGAGAGCUCUGCUAUGCCACUGUUGAAUUCUCCCCAAAGUGUUUUUUUUUUUUUCUCCCCCUCCUCCUAAAUUCUGCUUCCUUGGAAAGAUUUGGCAAUAGCUUUGUAAGUGAUGUGGACAUAAUUGCCUAGAAUUAUGAAAAAUCUAUAGGAUUUAUGUUCCCCCCCCCCACCUCCCAGCAUAUUAAGAUCAUUUGGUGUGUGCGAGCGUGCGUGCACAUGUUACAAAGACAAUUACCAUGUUAAUAAACUAUUCAAUUUGAAAUCCUUUUUGGUAUCUUAAUUGCUUUUGAAAUAAUGUGUCUAUCCAAAUGUAACACUGGUGCGUUUGCUUUUAACCUGCCGAGUAAUCUGACGAUUCAGUUACUUUGGCUUCUCUAAACUCCCAAAGUCGUCCCUUUGCUGACCCCCUCCCCCGCCAAAUAUUAAAUGAAGCAAUUAGACAAUUGACAUAAAGAAUUGUACUAAAGAGAUUUUCUUUUGCCCUUUCCUUAUGGUGGUUAAAGGCUUAAAAUUAAAUAUAUUCCUGCAAGUAUGGUACUAUUUAAUUAGUGUUGCGUCACUUUAUAUCUACAAGAGUUAAGUCGACUUAACAUGAUUGUUUAAGUGCAGGAGGGAGUUAGAUCUACCAGUUAUGUCUGCUGAAAUCUAACAUCUGUGUCGCCAUCAGCCACCCACCCCCAGCAGAAAAGGCUAACCAGCAAAAUUAGUAGGACUGUUACAUAACAACUCUGGCAAUAAUGCUGGUAUGCAACGUUUGGUCUGAGAACGGAGUUCAAGUACCAGUUUAUGAUCUUUAUGAUCUGUUCUGUCUUUUUAACUUGGGGGACUGGCAAAUCCUUGGGUUGUUUUUUUUUUAAAUUGAAACUAGCCAAAUGAAACAGGCUGACAAUGAAUAACAUUCAGCUUGUAGCAGCUGGCUGAGGACUCACUCAAUGAAUACCACUUAUUUAAUCCAAAAGGUUUGUUCAUUUAAAAUUUUGAGAGUAGAAUCAAGCACAGUCUAUAAAUAUAUUAUUAUUAUUAUUAUUAUUUUGCAUAUCAAAGCCCUUGGAGCUAUAGGAAAGCAGAAGUGAAUAAGUUUCGUGGUUGGCAAGUUGAAGGAACAGAGUAGCAAACGUAUACUUUAUUCUUGGCUGUAAACAGAAUGUAGAUUCUAUAUUACCGUUGCUAUAAAGAAGAGAGCAGAAAGGGGGUACAAUUGUAACCAAAGGCUUUAAUGGCAGCCUCUUGUAUUGGGUUCCUUUUUAGAAAGCAGAUCAGAGAUGGUUCAAAACACUUCUCCGUCAGUUAAAUUCUUUGCGGUUGUAUGUUCCAAUAGUCACACGCCCUUACCCCCUUCUCCGAAAGUCAACAGUCAUGUGACUGUCAUUUUCCACCAAACUCUAAAUUUUAAAAUGUUUGGCCUUCUUUGGUUUCUUUGUAACUCUGGAAUUUUCAUCCAUUUCACUUAAGGCUAUAUUGUAUGGACGGAGCUAAGUUGAUUGUCCUUCAAUUUCAUAUGACUACACUUGUAGCUACCGUAAUGCAUGAAAUUUAAAUAAAUUUUAUUAUGUCUGCAAAA